AUGAGAUGAGCCGCCAACGGCACAGCACGCAGGAGAGGGGGGCGUGUUGGCUUCUGUGGUCCUUGUCUUCGGGGUUUUCAAGGUCAAGCGAGCAAGGCAAAAGGGCAAGGCCAUGGCUGCGAAGCUGUGAGGAGGUUCGGCGGGCUGGUUGGCUGCCUUGGUGUGGUUGCUUUCUAGGCCCGUGCCGUGUGGUACGCGCGGCCUGGUUGCUCGCCUCGCCCUUGUCGAGAUCUGUCCGCCCCCCUCCACCUUCUUCUCUUUUCGUUCUUCCCUCCUGGCCUCGUUUGUACGUAGUCGAAGUUGUGGAGGAGGGUUAA